AUGUGUAAUUUCUAUGCAUCUGAAGUAGAUUACCUUGGUGUCAUUGCCAAUGGUGAAGGAGUGAAAGCAGAUCCCAAGAAAAUCACUCAAGCGGUUGAUUGGGCAACACCGCGCUCUGUCAAAGGGGUUCAAGAGUUUUUGGGCUUUAUAAAUUUCUAUAGACGCUUCAUACAUAACUUCUCAAAAUUGGCACAACCCUUAUACCAACUACUCCAAAAGAAUAUACCUUGGGAGUGGGGUGAACGCCAAGAAGUGUCUUUUAAAGCUCUUAAACAGGCUCUAAUUGAAUCCCCUGUCUUAAUCCAACCCGAUCCAUACAAGGAGUUUUUCCUUGAGUGUGACGCCUCUGAUUUUGCAACGGGCGCUGUCCUUAAUCAAAAGGGCAGUGAUGAUAAAUUACACCCGGUUGCAUUCCUAUCAAAAUCCCUAGCACCUGCUGAAAGAAACUAUGAUAUCUUUGAUAAAGAGUUACUAGCAGUAGUAAGGGCUUUAAAGGAAUGGCGUCACCUGCUGGAAGGAACAGUAAUCCCUGUCAAAAUACUGACAGACCAUAAAAAUCUGGAGUACUUCCAGACAAAAAGGGAUCUGAACCAAAGGCAGUUAAGGUGGAUGGGAUUUUUGGCAGAUUACAACUAUAGGAUUGUGUAUAGACCGGGCGCACAGAAUAGAAAAGCAGAUAUUCUCUCUCGCCGUGAAGACCACAAGUCUGCGGUUAAAGAGGGGGGUGAAACCCCUGUGCUCAUAAGCCCAGAGCUUUUUAUUGCAGCUAUCCAAACAGAUAGUGACCUUAAUGAUCUAAUAAGGGACGCUCUGCAUGAUGAUAAGGCUGUAUACAAAAUCCUUAAAUCCUUGGAAGAGGACAUACCUGUUAAAGGAUGGAAACUUGACAAUGGCUUACUCUACUAUCAUGACCGGAUUUAUGUCCCUAAUGAGCCAGAAAUCAGGAAAGCCAUCUUAGAAAGCAGGCAUGAUAACCCUUCCACUGGGCACCCAGGACAGUUCAGAACCCUAGACCUCCUUUCAAGGGAUUACUACUGGUCAGGGAUGAAACAAUCUGUAACAAAAUAUGUCCAAGCAUGCAAUUCAUGCAUACGUAGCAAACACUCCAACCGGGCUCCUGAAGGUCUCCUUCAAAACAUAGAUUUACCCAAUAAGCCCUGGGAGGAAAUAACGUAUGACUUGAUUGUAGGACUCCCCACCUCAGAAGGAUAUGAUGCAAUAUUAACAGUAGUGGACCGAUUAUCCAAAAUGGUUCAUUUUAUACCAACGCACUCUGAUGCUACUGCUGUUGAUGUUGCAAACCUCUUUGUAUCCUUUGUGUGGAAGUUACAUGGGUUACCCAGGAAAACCAUUUCGGACCAAGGCCCCCAAUUUAAUGCAAAAUUCCUGAGACAAGUCUACAAGCGGUUGGGGAUAGAACCACAUUUCUCCACUGCAUACAGACCACAAGUUGAUGGACAAAGUGAACGCUUAAACCAGUUUGUGGAAAUUUACCUACGCCACUACAUCAACUAUAGACAAACAGACUGGGUUGCAUCACUACCACUUGCGGAAUUUGCAUACAAUAAUGGGAAACACUCAGGCUCCAAACACUCUCCCUUCUACAUGUGCUAUGGUUAUAAUCCAGACUUCACAGUUGGAAACACCAAGGAAAGCCAUGUCCCCCAAGCCAACAACCUAGCAGACUUCCUGAAAGAAAUCCAAACUGAAGCAAAAGCUGCUUUAGAAAUUGCUGCAAGACAAAAUGCGCAAUACUAUGAUUUAAACAGAAGGGAAGCAACCAAGCUGGAAAUUGGUGAUAAAGUUUAUUUGAGUAGUGCCAACAUCAAAACUUCAAGGCCUUCCCAUAAGCUAGAACAUAAGCGAUUGGGGCCCUACAAGGUCUUGGAGAAAAUUGGCAGGAACUCUUAUAAACUGGAUCUCCCUAAAUCCAUGAAAGUCCAUCCUGUCUUCAACAUUGCCCUAUUACACAAAAAGCCAGUAGACAAGUAUGACCGUGAUCCAGUUCCACUCCCCCCAGUUGUCACAGCUGAUGGAGAAGAGGAAUAUACUGUUGAAAGGAUCCUAGACUCCAAGAAAGUGGGUCGACAAGUCAAAUACUUGGUUAAAUGGAAAGGGUAUGGACCAGAGGAUAACACAUGGGAGCCCAAGGCCCACUUAGCCAAUGCCCCUGAAAAAUUGGCUAAGUUUCACCGUGAACAUCCAGAGGCAGCUGGACCUUAA